AUGUCCGUGCUGAGUUGGACGGCCCUUCGCGGGCACUCGGAGUGGAUAGAGAACUGCAGCUUCUCGCCGGACGGCCGGCUUUUGGCGACGUCGUCGGGCGACGAGACGGUCCGACUGUGGGACCUGACGAAACCAGGGUACCCGGCAGUCGCCGUCCUCUCUCACCCGGACUCGAACGCCGUCUGGAGUUGCGAUUUCAGUCGAGACGGUCGCCUCUUGUGCACCUGUACCGACUCCGGCGGGGUCCACGUCUGGAAGAUGCCGCCGAGAGACAGAGAAGGAAACCUGAAGACCACAGAAGGGCACCUUGUGAGGAGCUUCUGUAGCAAGGAUGCGCACGGCUUCCCGACGUCGCUGUACAGGUGUAGGUUCUCGCCCUGCUUUAACUACCUGGCGGCGUGCGGCGUGGAUAGGACCAUCAAGAUCUGGUGUUGGCGGGAGUACGACGUGUUUCAGGCGACACUGGUGGGCCAUAAGAACUCCGUAGAAGAUCUCGCCUUCGCUCCUGACCCGGACUCUCCUCUCCCCAACUUCCAGAUCGCGUCCUGUUCUCGCGACAGGACCACGAGACUCUGGACGGGCCGAGUUGGCGGCAACGACCUUCAGUGCAAAAUCCUCGAAGGCAAAGGUGGUCCAAAAUGGGCGCUCGCUGUCAGCUUCUCUCCGGACGGCAGUCUCCUGGCCACGUGCUGCUCUGACGGGACCGUGCAGAUCUGGUGCACCCGGACGCUGACGGAGCCUCGCGUUCUCACCGGGCACACCUCCACCGUCUGGUCGGGCAGCUUCCUCCACACCUCGGCCGCCGACAGGCUCGUCCUCGCCACCUGCUCCAGCGACAGGACCGUGCGGCUGUGGGACCCCGUCUCGGGAAGACAGCUCCUGCAGGCCGGGAAGGUGACGAGCGGCGCCGCUGCCGACCCUGACCUGGAGGAACUGUUCUGCUGCAGGCUGUCCCCGGAUGGCAGGCUAUUGGCCUGCUGUGCGAACGACAAUAACGUCUACCUUGCGAACAUAGACGGGAAGUUUUAG